ACACACCCUGCUAGCGGUGCUGUGCCCGCCCACUCUACCUCUGAUUGGCUCAUACUCGUUGCCGUCGUUGUUUGGAGUGGUUAAAUUAAGAUUUGAGGGGAUCGAUUGGUUCGAGUUCAGGUGAUCGACGAGAGAGUAAGGCGGGUCAGAACUUUUCCUCCUGGGAAAAAGACACAAAACACUUCGGACAAACAUGAUGAAGAACAAGCAACGUUCAGGGCGUCUUGUCCCUGCUCCUGGUUGUCCCUCUGUCCAUCCUGUCUCAUCAGAGCCUGUAGUGCCAGACGUCCACAAGACGAUCAAAGCUGCGUUUGAAGCGUUUGACUAUGAGUCAAACAACAGAGUGGAUGUCAGGGAGAUCGGCACCAUCAUCUAUUCCCUGGGAUGCUUCCCCACACAGGCAGACCUACAUGAUAAAAAUAGCCGAGGUAAGACCGACCAAACUGGAUGCAUCAAUUUGGAAAAGUUCCUCCCAGCCAUGACCAAAGUUCUGAUGGAGCACAAGUUCCCUUCUGUCCCAGAGGACCUGCUGCUUCAGGCCUUUGAGGUCCUGGACAAGGAAAAUAAAGGGUACCUGGAGCCUGAGCAGCUGGCAAAGUACAUGACACAGGAAGGUGAGCUCUUCACUCAGGAGGAGAUGGAUGAGAUGCUGACAGCACUCGCUGACCACGAGAACAACCGUGUCUAUUACAAAGACUUGCUCAACCAGUGGACCAUUGACCCUGACAUGUAGACGUUGUGUGUGUUCAUGUCUGCAUUAUUUUAAGCUUUAGUUCUGAUAAAUAAAUGUUAGUAUCUCAA